AUGCAGCGACUCAGGAAUUUGAGAUCAAUCUCAAUCUCAAAUUCAGCUUCCGCUGCUAACCUAAAACGCAAAUCUCUCAAUUCAUGGGCUGCAAUUCAAGAAACCUACCUCUCCACCAAGGAUACGUUUGAGAGACACCGAGUUGUUUUCACCGUCGGAACUUCCAUUGCAUCCGUCGCAACUGCUUUCUUAGGGUAUUCGUUGCGUCAUGUACAUGAUUCUAGAGUUGAUGAAAGGCUUCAAUCCAUUGAACAUGCUAUGAAAAGCAAUGUAAAUCUUCAACAUUCUGAAAUCAAAGAUAUUGUUGGUCGUCCUGGAGGUUGUAGUAUUCCUGCUUGUGCAGCUACUGCCGGAACCGCCUUACUUAUCGGGUAUGGCUUGGGAUGGAGAGGUGGAAGCUGGUAUACAAGAAAGAAGUUCAAAAAGGAACAGAUGAAAUUGCUAGGACAGAUUAAACCUAGAAGAUGGCAAAUGCUUGGGAACAUAAGAGCUAAAGGGUGGAAAUUCCAGUUCCCUAGAAGAUCCAAAGGGCAAGAUACUGCAGUGAAAACAUCUGAAACAAUAAUAAAGGACACAUCCUCCACGCACAUUGCUGGAAAAUCUCAUUAG